AUGACCCUUCUUCCCAACUCCUCCCGCACCUUAGAAGACAAAAUGUGCCAGAACAAGACCACCAUGACCAAUUCCCAACUGAUGCCCCUGGUGGUGGUCCUGAGCACCAUCUCCCUAGUCACGGUGGGGCUCAACCUGCUGGUCCUGUAUGCUGUCUGGUGUGAGCGGAAGCUGCACACCGUGGGAAACCUGUACAUUGUCAGCCUCUCAGUGGCUGACCUGAUCGUGGGAGCUGUCGUCAUGCCUAUGAACAUCCUCUACCUCCUCAUGACCAAGUGGCCCCUGGGCCGGCCUCUCUGCCUCUUUUGGCUGUCCAUGGACUAUGUGGCCAGCACAGCAUCCAUUUUCAGUGUUUUCAUCUUGUGCAUCGACCGCUACCGCUCUGUUCAGCAACCCCUCAGGUACCUAAGGUAUCGUACCAAGACCCGAGCACUGGCCACCAUUCUGGGUGCCUGGUUUCUCUCCUUUCUGUGGAUCAUCCCCAUUCUAGGUUGGCAUCACUUUGUGCCAGGGGUCUCAAAGUAUCUGGAGGAAAAGUGUGAGACAGACUUCUAUGAUGUCACCUGGUUCAAGAUCAUGACCGCCAUCAUCAACUUCUACCUGCCCACCUUGCUCAUGCUCUGGUUUUAUGCAAAGAUCUACAAGGCUGUGCGCCAACAUUGUCAGCACCGGGAACUCACCAAUGGAGCUGUGCCAUCCUUCUUAGAAAUUAGUCUGAGGCAAGAGAAUCCCAAGAUGGGUUCCAAGAAACCAGGGAAGGAAUCUCCCUGGGAGAUUCUGAGAAGAAAGCCGAAAGAUGCCAGUGAUGGACCUGUUUCAAAGCCACCAUCCCAAGACCCAGAGGAAAUGAAAUCUCCAGUUGUCUUCAGCCAAGAAGAGGAUGGAGAAAUGGCCAGACUCCACUGCUCUGCACCUAACAUGGUACAGAUGCAAACCAUGGUGGAGGAAAAUAGCAGUGAAUAUGUCGCCACCAAUGAGAGCCAGCUUGAGACAGAUAUGCAGGACCUGAACAUACCUGCGGCCACUGAGAUAUCAGAGGACCAGACCAUAGGUGAUAGCCAGUCCUUUUCCCGGACAGACUCAGACACUCCCACUGAGCCAGCAUCAGGGAAAAACAAAUCGAGAAGUGGGUCUGCCACAGGCCUAGACUAUAUCAAGCUCACGUGGAAGAGGCUUCGCUCACAUUCAAGACAGUAUGUGUCUGGGUUGCACAUGAACCGUGAAUGGAAGGCAGCCAAACAAUUGGGUUGUAUCAUGGCAGCGUUCAUCCUUUGCUGGAUUCCCUACUUCAUCUUCUUCAUGGUCAUUGCCUUUUGCGAGAAAUGCUGUAAUGAACAAGUACACAUGUUCACCAUCUGGCUGGGCUACAUCAAUUCCACACUGAACCCCCUCAUCUAUCCCUUGUGCAAUGAAAACUUCAAGAAGACUUUCAAGAAGAUUCUACACAUUCGCUCCUAA